AUGGCAGAACACGAGCUCGAGUCUCGCAUGAGAGGCGUGCGCAUCUCGAAUGAACGCCAGCGCGACUUGCAGGCCCAGCCGGCCCAGCGAGCCCUGCCUGCAUCCCGGAUUCACCCUCGGGCUCCAGACCUUGAUGGUCUUAUGCAGCAGUACCGUCAGAUGCGACCGGAAAGAAACAAUGAAGAUGAUUAUGUUGACAAUGAUAAUGACGAUCUCAUCACCAUUGAAAAUCCGAGCGACUCACACGAAGCGCGGAGAAAAGAGACGCUGAACCCUAAUUCUUCCCGAGCCUGGGAGUAUCGCGCAAUGGAGCCCCCAGCAGCCCCAACGGACGGCUCUGUGAGCUCCAAUCCGUCCAGAAACGAAAUGGUUCAGGGAUACCUAGCCCUCUGUCCAUUCAAGCUCAUACAAGUGUACCCUUAUAAGUACGUGGGAAGGAACAACCAAGGCAAGGUUGGCGCAUGGUUCAAGACCAAUCUAUUCAACCAACGUUCAUGGGAAAUGUAUUACAUCCACGAUCCAUAUAUGCGAAGAGAUCCACUCAUCCUGGUUCCCACUACGCAACUGGAAGAUUUCUUGACAGCCGCGAACUCGGAAUUGCAUACCAACCUGGCCAUUCCCGGAGGAGAAAACGGCGAGAGGUUCAACGUCACGUUCGGCGGCAGCCCGCGUCCCAGAUUCAUGGGUCACGCGAGCAGCGAUGAGACGUACAGAGAGCUCAAAGACCGACUUGGUAACUCGAUGGACGACACGAGAGGGAUCGACGCCAAGUCCUUGCAGUUCUUUAAAGACACAAUAGAUGGCAUUUACAACUCGUUCAAGCCAUCAAAGAAGAAUCCUGCCAAUCAGCAUCUGAAGAUGGUGAACAGGCAGAAAAGCCAUGGCCAAGUGAUCAAACGCGUUCAAAGAUAUCUUGGCCUCCGCCAGCGGACAGCCUAUGCCGCUUUCUCAGGUGCAUCUGAUAAUGCCUGGAGCGCGGUUCUCCCUGCUCCCUUCCCGAUGGAGUUGCGAGUCAGAUUCGUAUGCGUCGAUGUUGAGGCUUACGAGAGAGACAGCAACAUGAUCACCGAGAUCGGUCUCGCCAUUCUUGAUACCGAUGAUAUUGAAGAAGUCCCUCCGGGGCAGCAUGGCGAGAACUGGUUCUCGUUCAUCCAUGCACACCACAUUCGCAUUUCUGAACACCGAGGCAUCGUGAACAGGGAGUUUGUACAAGGAUGCCCGGAUGCCUUCGAUUUUGGUAAAAGCGAAUUCAUCCCGAUCAAGGACGUGGCCCGCCGUGUAGGGUCGCUGAUUGGCGAUUCCAACUCGAGCGACAAGAGUCCCGUCGUCAUGGUAGGACACGACACCAUCACAGACCUGAAGUAUCUCCAGAAGGUGGGCUACAACGUCUGGCGCCUGCCGCAGUUCUUGGACGAGGUGGACACCAAGGCCAUGUUCCAGCGCGUGCAGUGUUCCGGGGACGGCCGAGCGCUUCGGUUCGUCUGCAGCGAGCUAGGCAUCCCCGGCCGCAACUUUCACAACGCCGGAAACGAUGCGGUGUAUACGCUACGUGCCAUGGUCGCCAUGGCCGUGAAGAAGAAAGUCGGUGGGCCACAGACGGAAUCCGAGAAGUGGAGCAGCACGGCACCCGAGGUCAAAUUGGACGAAUGGAGCGAUGGGGAGCUGGACGACGGAAGUGGUGCUUUGAAGUCGGUUGAGCCUGUUAUUCAACCCCCUCGUCAAACCCAAGAUUCUUAUACGCCGCAGAGGUGGUAG